GCGGAACGCUCCUGUCUUCUGGAGCGAAUAGUCAACACAACAAAAGAGCUUUCGUUGCUCAAAGCAUUUUACAACGUCAGACUUUAGACCAUGUAGGCAUUAAGGUGCUUAAACACAACGGGUCUGCGCACGCGCGAGAGGACGCCGCGAUACGAGUAACUCAAAUGCGAGGCUGGCACGCGCAGCUGAGACCGAUCUUCUGUCCGAGCGUUAGUGAACAUCUGUAACUCAUGUCCGAACCGGGGGGCCGAGCUCCCGCUGGGAGGAAGCGGUUCAUCAGUGGAGUGGUGGAAGGUUUUUAUGGGCGACCAUGGACCAUGGAGCAGAGGACGGAGCUGUUUGUAAGAGAGCAGAAGUGGGGUUUGAACACAUACCUUUACGCCCCCAAGGAUGACUACAAACACAGGAUGUAUUGGAGGGAUCUGUACACUGCAGAGGAGGCGGGACAACUCAUCGCUCUGAUAUCAGCGGCCGAGCAGCACGACGUCGAGUUCGUUUAUGCGAUCUCUCCCGGCCUGGACAUCACCUUCUCCAACCCCAAAGAGGUUGCUGCUCUGAAGAGGAAACUGGAUCAGGUGAGACAGUUUGGCUGCAGGUCCUUCUCUUUGCUCUUUGACGACAUUGCGACUGAGAUGUGUCCGGCUGAUAAACGGGCCUUCAGCUCCUUCGCCCACGCCCAGGUAGCCGUCACGAAUGCGGUGUACCAGCACCUGGGAGACCCGGAGACCUUCCUCUUCUGCCCUACAGAUUAUUGUGCUGCAUUCUGUACUCCCAACGUGUCCCAGUCCUCUUACCUGCACACAGUGGGAGAGAAGCUGCUGCCUAGGAUAGAUGUACUGUGGACGGGUCCCAAAGUGGUAUCUCACAAAAUCUCUGUAGAGUCCAUAGAAGAAGUGUCGACCGUCCUGAAGAGGGCCCCAAUCAUCUGGGACAAUAUCCACGCAAAUGACUAUGACCCCCAAAGGAUUUUCAUGGGACCCUUUAAGGAUCGUCCCACUGAGCUGAUUCCCAAACUGGGAGGAGUGCUUACCAAUCCAAACUGUGAGUUCUACCCAAACUUUGUGGCCAUCCACACAUUGGCUACAUGGUGCAAAGCCACUGCUGACGGCUCAAAGAGCAAUGUGGAAAUGGGCGAUGAGGAGCAGGGCCCCGGCUACAGCCCCCAGAGGGCCCUGACUCUGGCCCUCACUGACUGGCUGCAGGAGUUUCUGACCACCGAUCAACCUGGAGGCCGCUGUCGUCCUCCAGCUUGCCUCCAGAAGGAGAGGCCCGAUGACAUGGGAGGGAGCUCCUAUGUCCCUGGACUGGAGGAGAACCCGCUGUACACAGCGGAGCCCCUGACCCUGGAUGACCUGCGGCUGCUCAGCGACCUCUUCCACCUGCCGUACCAACACGGCCCGACAGCCAGGACCAUGCUGCAGGAGCUGGACUGGCUCAAGAAACACCGUUGGGCGGCGGCUGCAGAGACACACGCGACUGCGGAGUGGCGCUCCAAGGCGCAGCAGUUUGACGCCAUGUGUGAAGCGGUGGUGCAGAUGUUCAAUCGUCUCUCAAACGCCCCGAACCGCAGCAUUCUGUACGACCUCUACAACUACAUCUGUGACAUCAAGAGUGGGGUCGGUCUGGCUCGGGCCUACGUGAAAACACUCGGAGGUCAGAGUGGACCCUCGGCCCAGCCGAUGAAUGACGAUCCCGAACCCUGGGGCUUCAGAGGAGGCCUCUCCGGAGAGUUCCAGAGAAUGCUGCCGUGCCAUGGAAACCGGGACCUGUUCAGACAUCCUCCCACGACUGCGGUUUACAGCAUACGGCAGUACAGCACCAUGGACAUGCUGGAGGUGCAUAGGAUUUUCAGGGAGAUGCAGAGCGUGGGAGAGGUCAAAGCCCCCCCGACGACGCAACCUCCACUUCUCUGUGACUGCCUGGCAGCAGGGGAGAUCUCCCCCUCCCCUGGGUGUGCCCUCGUCCUGGAGGAUGACAUCGGGAUGUGCGGUUACGCGCUGGCUCUCACUGAUGCCAAACCAGCCGCCACCAAGAUCCAGAGGGCAGUAAGUGAAUCUGUGUUCACGGACUUCCCCUCCCUGGUUACCGUACAAGUGCUGCCUCGGGUCACUGAUCCCUCUCCAGCUAGGCGCAUGAUUGGUCAGCUGUUGUCCUCCAUCCGGAGAAGCGGUUCCAGAGGAGUUUUCUGCGAGUUGAGGCAGGAGGAUCAGAGGAUGUGUGACUUCUACACUAAACUGGGCUCCUUCAAACCCACACAAAUAGCCGGUCUGCCUCAGGACAUCGUUGCCAUGGGAACAAGCUUGUGAACAAGAAGUCAAAAAGAUCAUUCUCAGGUUUGAAAAGUUAAAAUGAAAACUGCAAAUAAGUGCCGCCUGUGUAGCACAACAUAAUAGAAUCACUCGUCAUUCUUAAACAAAUAUUAUAAUUUACAAAUUUGCUAAUGUCUGUCUGCAAAGUUAAUUAGUCAAUAAAAUGCAUAAUGACAUUUGUACUGACCAGUGAAAUGUAAUACCACUGACUUUAAUAGAAUGUGAUUAUUUUUGAUCUGUGGUUUUUACCCAAAACAUUAUAAAUGUUGAUGUACUGUCACACAUUAAAAGACAUGACA